GAUCGGGGGACAGUCGUUCAAGCUCCAACGGUUCAAAGGGACAAGUUGGCCAACCUUGUUGCAACCUUCGACCCCUUUGACUUUUCGGACUCGUGCAGCUCUAUUCCACUCAGCUCUACGCAUACCCCCUCGAUAAAAUCAGUCAGAGUGGGCACAACGCUGCCUCUCCCGCCGCCUGCCGAAUUCACUGUCGCUCUUUCUUUGUCGCAUCCCGCUUUCUCGACCAUCCGCACACUACGUAACCCUUCGACUCGACCUCGCACAACAGACCAGCCAUGGUCGAAGACAAGUACAUCGGAUUGGCAUUGGCCGUCGCCUCAACACUUGCGAUAGGAACGAGUUUUGUGAUUACGAAAAAAGGCUUGAUGCAAGCGAGCCAACAACAUGGCUUCGAGGGAGAAGGCUUCGCAUAUCUCAAGAGUCCAGUGUGGUGGUCAGGCAUCAUCACAAUGGUUAUCGGAGAAGUCGCCAACUUUGCAGCAUACGCAUUCGCGCCGCCGAUUCUGGUGACGCCAUUGGGGGCGCUCAGUGUUUUGAUCGGGGCGGUAUUAGGAUCAUAUUUCCUCGGCGAGAACCUGGGCACGCUGGGAAAGCUGGGAUGCGCCAUCUGCCUGAUCGGUUCAGUCGUCAUUGUACUACACGCUCCUCCGGAUAAGGAGAUUCAGACAAUCGACGAGAUUCUCAACUAUGCCGUCCAACCUGGUUUCCUCUUCUAUGUGCUGCUGGUCAUCGUCUUCUCGACAGUCAUGAUCUACCGCGUGUGCCCGCGUUAUGGACGCAAGAACCCGCUGAUCUACAUUUCCAUCUGCAGCACCGUCGGAUCCGUCUCCAUCAUGGCCGUCAAGGGCGUCGGUAUUGCCGUCAAGUUGACCCUGGCUGGCAACAACCAGUUCACCCACCCCAGCACCUACGUCUUUGUCCUUGUCACGGCAGUCUGCAUCCUCACCCAGAUGAACUACUUUAACAAGGCGCUGAGUCAAUUCAACACCAACAUUGUCAACCCCUUGUACUAUGUCACUUUCACCACCUGCACUCUCGUCGCCUCCUUCAUCCUCUUCCAAGGCUUCAACACGAGCGACGCCGUCAACACCAUUUCCCUCCUUUGUGGCUUCCUUACCAUCUUCACCGGUGUCUACCUUCUCAAUCUUUCGCGCGAAGAUCCUGAAGGUCGCAAUCACAUGCAGUUGAAUGGCAAUGGCAGCCGCUUCGACCUCGACGGCAUCCCCACCGAUCCCAUGUCCGGUCCUCUGACCCGCCGCUCCAUGCAAGCCCGCCGCAGCUCCGACGCACAACGCCGCCGUUCCAACAGCCUCAACUUGUCCUUUGCAGGCAGAAGAUCAAAUGAGCACGACCGAGAGGCCUUGAUGCACAACUACGACGUCGAGGCCAACAGUGCCGGUUUCAGUCUCGGUGAUCUGGCUGAUAGCGACGAUGAGGGUGUAUCGCGGCAAAACGGAAAAGCAAACGUCUCACACGAGCGUCUCAGCUUCAACAAGACAGGCAGGUGAUCUCGAUCGUGUGUGCUGCACUGAGAAGAAGCCUCGCAAGUUUUGUUCGACUUUUCUGCGGCUGCCCCGUUCGAGCCAACUGCAGAAGAUGGUGUGUU